CUCAUUCUCUCUUGUCGCAAAACCUCCACGAUUUCGUUGAGAGGCACAAUGGCUGCAGCACUUAUUGAUAGACGGCUCCAUACGAUUCCAGGAAAACUCCGUGUGGCAGAGCUGUUCUUCGAGGUUCCUAUCAACUACAGUCAACCAGAAAAUGGCACGCUACGACUCUUUGCUCGUAGUGUGCGCCGUUGGGUGAAGCCUGUUGAGCCCGUGAAGGAUGACAAGCAGCCUCCUAUCCCCUGGCUAGUCUACUUACAGGGUGGUCCAGGAAUGGGUUGUCGCCCUCCGCAGGAGUAUGGCUGGGUUGGAUCAGCCCUUGAUAAGGGGUACCAGGUUCUGUUCCUUGACCAGCGAGGCACUGGCCUCAGUUCUACAAUUACAGCAGGCACCCUAGCUUUGCAAGGAAAUGCCGUCAAGCAAGCUGAAUACCUGAAAAACUUUCGUGCUGACAAUAUUGUCCGCGACUGUGAAGCUAUCCGUCGGUGUCUUACUGCAGACUACCCCGAGGAGAAACGAAAAUGGAGUAUAAUCGGCCAGAGUUUUGGGGGGUUCUGUGCCGUGACCUACCUUUCCAUGUUUCCAGAAGGCCUGGCUGAGGUUUUUAUCUGUGGCGGGCUUCCUCCUCUCGUGAAUGGUCCAGAUGCAGUGUAUGCUCGCACUUAUGAAAAGGUCCUUGAGCGGAACCAAGCAUAUUACUCCAAGUUUCCCGAGGAUGUAGAGCGGGUUAAAAGGAUCAUGCAAUAUCUCAAGGGAAACAAAGUCCCUCUUCCAUCCGGGACACUUACUCCUGAGCGAAUCCAGCAAUUAGGUAUUGCGUUCGGCAUGCACGGCGGACUUGAUAGUAUUCAUGAUCUUAUCUUCCGCGCCUCCAGCGAUUUGGAAAUCUUUGGAUUCAUAACACAUCCAACCCUCAUCGCACUCGACAGCUAUGGCGGCCUCGAUAGUAAUAUCAUCUAUGCCAUCCUCCAUGAAUCGAUUUACUGUCAAGGAGAGGCCUCGGCCUGGUCUGCAGACAGAUUACGUUCCUCAAAUGCCCAGUUCAAUAUUUCUGAUGAUGCACCAGAAAUCUUAUUUACUGGAGAAAUGAUCUAUAAAGACAUGUUCGACUCCUACGACGAGCUCAAUAAAAUCAGAGAUGCCGCCGAUAUCCUAGCCACGACAGAAAACUGGCCCGCCCUCUACGACGAAGCCCAGCUGGCGAAGAAUGAAGUCCCCGUUUACGCGGCGACCUUCAUCGAUGACAUGUAUGUCCACUAUGACCACGCCUCCAAUACCGCCGGAAAGAUCAAGGGGAUCAAGCAAUUCAUCACGAACGUGAUGUAUCACAACGCUAUUCGAAGCAAAUCGGAUGAGCUUAUACAGCAGCUUUUCGCUCUUCGGGACGACACGAUCGACUAAAGCAUGCUUCUGCGAUGCCAGCUACCUAGGUAGUAGGCUUAAGGCCAUACAUAUGCUUAAUAUGUAAGACCUAUGGUUGAAAUGACCAACGUAUGACACGGGAAAUGAAUGAUAGGAUUUCAGUUGAGAGGUAGCAAAGGAGUAUUUACAGGACUUAUACAGAGUAUCUUCUUGGUCUAUAGGUAAAAUCAAU